AUGGCCGAUUUAAAACUUUUUAUUGAUCCAUAUGAAGCUCCAUAUCCUAGCACAGUACGUGAAUUGCUUAAUGACACUGACAAGAGGAAGGCUAAUAUUUGUGCUACCGUCACUCCGUUGGGAAGAUGUCUGCUUAUCUGCAAUAAUCAUAUUUAUGUUUGGUCGUUUACAAAAUCUGAAUCUGGAAUUCCGCAUGCAACUCAUAUGGAGUUGCCUACUACUGGUUUGAAAUAUUCUGUGCAGCUUGUUUGCCUUUUCAACAAGAGUCAAGCUUCCAAAUAUAUGAGUUUGCUUGCAAUUUCACCUGAAGGCCAUCUCAGAUAUUGGAGUGAACUGGGCAAACAACCACGAAAUGAACAAUGUCUUCUGAAUAAUGAAGUUGCCCAUUCUAUUCAACAAAUCAACUCACAAGAGAAUGUUCAUCGAUUUCUUUUGACAACAACAACUGGUUCUUUUCACAUUAUUGACCUUUUCCAUGGAUUGGACCAGCCUGAUCGAUUAGCAACACGCCCUCUGGAUGUUGGUGGACCCGGGGGAGGAAUUGGACAUCGAAUGUCUCUUUUGCUUUUUGGAAGUUUGACUGCAGAGAAGGAAAGGAUUUUGAAAACAAUUUUUGUUCAUGGAAAAAUGAGCCCACGUUCAGACGUUGUUAAUGUUCUGCGUCGUUGCCUUCGCUUUUACUCAAUUUUUGAUCAAAAAGCUUUGGAUCAUGAAGUUGAUAUUGCUGAUUUGGCUCUUAUUAAAUUCAAUAAAAACUGUUCUCGCUCUGAAAGACGUCAUUUUAGUAUUGUCGAUGCAAUUCAACAUUUGAAUGGAAUUCUUAUGCUUUUGGUAGGCGAAAAGAAGUCUAGUGAAGUUAGUGGGAGAGAUUACUUGGUUGAUAGAAAGCUUUUUAUUGGUUACUAUGAGGAAAAAGUUGAAAAAGAUGCAAUCCAGCGCAAUCUUCGUACCUUAACUGAAAUUGAAUUACCAGAGUCUCUAUCUGCUGUCGGGAUGGAUAAACGUCUACAAACGGCGCAAUUACUCUCUCCUAGUACUGAUGAAUGUUGUGUCGCUUUUUAUGAUUCUUUUGUUCUCAUUCGUCAUUAUGCUGCCAAAUCACGUGUUUCUUUUUUUAUUCUCGAAAGCUAUGCAACCAACAAUACAAAAAGCCCGAUUCGGCAAUACACCGGUGACACACUUUUUGGCUCUGCUGCAAUUUAUGGAUCUGCUGUUUUGGUUCUCAAAGACGGUGGUGUUUGCACUGUUCAACGACUUCCCAGUCAUUAUGACUUAACUUUUUGGAAGAAACACAAAGAAAUUUUACAUCAGUUGGACACACAAGAGAAGUUUACUGUUACUGGAAGUGAACAUCGUUUGAAGGAUGCUUUUGUUGAGUUUUGUGCCAAGAACAUUAAACGGUCCAAGAAAUUAUUGCGUGACAUGCUUAAUGAUAUGCAGAGUUCUGGUGGUUCUGAGACUGCAUCAGCUUCACAUCAACAAGAGAAACAUUAUGACGGAUUGUCAGAAUUAGCUGUUGAUUUAUUGCUUUAUUUUCUCGAUAGACAACCUAUGGCAAAAGAGGAUGAGCGUUGGGGAUUUGUAUCUGAUUCUUUAAUUACGAAUGAACAACAAAAGCUUUUGAGAGAAUUGGCAGAAACAAAGAAAUUCACACUUCUAUUGCGUCAACUCCAAAUUAAAUUGUCCUUUUACAAGAUGUUUGUACUUUUCCUGCGUACAUACAAGCUUACUGAUAUGGUUAAUUUUUAUUUUGUUUUUAUUGGGUUUUCAUUAUCUGCGCUAUUCUUGCUUUUCUGA